AUGUCUACGGUCAGGUCAAUUGACGAUAUUCAAAAGGAACGACAAGCGGAAGUGCAGAUGGAGUUGGAGCGUCGAGAAAAAGACGACCAAAAAACAUUUGCUUCUGUAAAGGCGCCGGAUCCCAAUGAGAAGGACGAACAGCUGAGUGAAAAAAGUAACCGAAUACAAGAACUCAAAGAUCUAAACAUUCAACUGCAAUUUCCUUCCAGUUGUGCAACUUUUAUAGAAACUCAUACUGAGCAACUGCAAGCGUUGCUGGAAAAGAUAAUGACCGAAUAUGAACUGAGUAGAAAAGAUAAAGAAAAACGAAAGGAACCCAACGAGAUUUUCGAAAGAAACAUUGCAAAUAUAUCUAGAUUCGUUGUUAAUUUAUUGAAUUGCCAACUGGAGACUGAAAAGGAGCAAGCUGUAAAAGAAAGCGAGCAACUACGCGGAGAGAUCUCACGACUCAGGCAGAAAACUGGUGUUGAAUGCUGCAUUUGUCUAGAGAAAAAGCCAUGCGUUGUAUUCAUGCCGUGCCGCCAUAUGGUCAUCUGUGAUAGUUGCCAUGCUCUGUCAACGUUCACUCAAUGUCCAUUGUGCCGCGCUCAAGUCUGUGACUCAAUAAAAGUCUUCUCAUGA